ACCUAUUAAAUAAAAUAUUUUAGUCAUUUUCCUCCUAUGGGUAUUUCUCUUUUUUUUUUUCCCCAAAACAAUUCCCCUUUCUCUAGUUAUCUCUCUCCGAGGAAAGAAAGACGAAGGAGGGUUCUCUUCACUUCAGUCUCCGGCGAGUUCUCCUCCGUCACAGGCUCCUUCCCUUUCGUCAUCUCCGCCCCAACUCGCCGUCGUCUGUCAUACGAAAAGAACCCUAAAUCCGAUUUCACUUUUGUCAAAUCUGCCUUUCAAUAUAAGAAAAUUGAACUUCUAUCUUUUCGGAUACUUGAGCUCAGUGGUAUAUCGCUUUUCAGGGAUGUUAUAGACAAACCAAUGCCUCGAGGGGAGAUUGUGGUAGGUGGUAACAGUGUAACAUCAGAUUACUUCAACAAUCAAGCAAAAACCGAUGAGGUUUACAUGGUUGAUGAGAAGGGCACAAGGUGGUUUUACACUGGAGACAUAGGGAGAGUCCACCCUGAUGGAUGUCUGGUGUGUAAGGCUCUCCUUUGGUUUCAGUUUCUGUUCUCUAGUGUUGAAGAUGAUAGAGUCAGUUUGCUUCCACCCAAGAAAUUCAAGACGAAAUAUGAAGGAUAGAAAAUCACAUUUGGAUUUAUGAGGCCAAUAUUAAGACACAUGGUAUCAAAUUCUCAAUUUCUCUCGUGUGGGUGAAACAGACUCAAGACUAGACAAGAGCAAGAGACUGAAACAGGCUCAAGACGGGACAUGAGCAAGAGUGUGUUGAGAUGGGGAUUGAAUUUCUUCUCUAUUGUAGUUGCAGGGCUUGUAACACUCAAAGCUUUAGCAUCCUGAAAUGAACAAAGGAAAUCAGAUACCUUAUUGUUCCCUAAAAUUUUAUGGGAAUUGUAAACAGUUUAAAUUGUUGAUCUCAUCAUCUUAUUUUGAGCA